AUGGCCGAGAAAAAUAUUGAAAAUGUGAAUCGUGAUAAAGAAGAAGACAUCGAUUUGGAUGACGAUAUAGAUGGCAAUUCAAAGAGCACAGUGGUAACCAGAACUUCCUCUCCACAGGACGAGCCCGCAGACUUUGAUACGGCCAUUACAUCUUCCGGCUUUGGCCGCUUCAAUCUGAUUCUGCUGAUCAUCGCGAUACCGGCGACUUGUGCGAAUAUGUUUGAGUCGACGACGAUGUCGUACAUAUUGCCUAUAGCCGAGUGUCAUCUGCAUUUAACGCUGACCGACAAGGGUAUUUUGAAUGCCUGCGCAUAUGCGGGUAUGAUCGUUUCCGCCAUACCCUGGGGCUAUUUGGCCGACACGAAGGGCCGCCGCAUUGUCCUCGUCUACGGCUAUUUGUUGACCUCGAUUUGCGUAUUUGGUAGCGCGCUGAGUCAAAAUUUCGUCAUGUUGGUGACGUUCAAGUUCUUUGGCGGACUCAUUGUCAACGGCCCCUCAGCUGUGCUCUACUCUUAUCUGUCAGAGAUGCACGGACCCAAGUACCGAUCUCAAGUGCUCUUGAUUGUGGGCAUGAUUGUGAGCGCUGCCAUUUUGUUCUUGCCAAUGUUGGCCUGGGCCACAUUUUCGCAGCCCUGGGACUUUGUGCUCUUUGGCAGUCUAAACAUUCACAGCUGGCAAAUCUUUUUGCUGAUUUGCGGGUUGCCCAGUCUAAUAAGUGGCCUCAUUAUGUGUCUGAUGCCCGAGAGUCCGAGAUAUUUAAUGGGUCAGGGUCGCAAUACGGAGGCUUUGCUGGUGCUACAAAAGAUCUAUGCGAUCAAUACAGGCCAGCCAAAGGAGAACUAUCCUGUGAAGGCCCUUGUCUUAGAGGUACCCAAUCGUGCUGCCCACAAAGGCGAGGCUAUUUACACCGUAGAGGAGAAACCAGAAGCUCCAAAAACCAAAUCGUCGCGCAGCCUGCUGGAGAGCCUACGCUCCGGCAUGCAACAGAUCAAGCCCAUGUUCCACAAGCCACUGCUGAGCCUCUCGCUCCGCUGCUACACGAUGCAGUUCUGCAUGUUUCUGGGCAUGAACACCAUCCGACUCUGGCUGCCGCAGCUGUUCUCCUCCAUGGCCGAUUAUCAGGAAGAACAUGCAGAUGACCAAGCUUCGGCCACUAUGUGUACAAUUCUCGAUUACAGCGUAAAUCGAACAGCCGAAACGUUGACGAACUAUCAAAGCGCUUGUGCUGAGACUCCAAAUAUUUCAAUAGAUAUGUAUUUGAAUAACAUCAUCGUCGCCGCGUGUGGAUUUGGUGGCUAUUUCUUUGCUGCUGCUAUCAUACGUCUAGCAGGUGCAAAACGCAUGUUAACCUACGGUCUGUUCAUCUCCGGAAUUCUCGGAAUAGGCCUGUAUUGGUCCGUAAAUAGUGUGAUGACAAUUGCCCUAUCCUCUGCCUAUGUCACUGUAGGCGGAAUAGCUGUCUCGUCUCUUCUGGGCGCUGUUGUUUCGCUCUUUCCUACUCAAUUACGCUCCUUGGUGGUGGCCAUAGCCAUGAUGUGUGGUCGCUUGGGCGCGCUGUCUGGAAAUCUACUAUUUCCGAUCUUAAUACAGAUCGGCUGUAUCCCGCCAUUUGUGAUGGUCGCAUUUGUCAUGCUGUUUGCUGCUGUGCUGUCUAUUUUUAUUCCCAAUCCAACGAAGGCGGUUUUCGCUUAAAUAGUUAAUAGCUUUUUUGUAGCUUUUAAGUAUUCAAAUAAAUAUUGCUUAGGACAUCGU